GGGAAGCCGGCAUCGCGCAGUGUCCCAUCGUGUGGUUCAUUCACAUCCCAAAGACCGCCGGCUCCACGAUCAACGACGUGCUCAAGCGAAGCAACUCCGACAAAGUCCAAUACACUAGCUUAGGGCCGAAACGCAAUGUCUACGUCUCCCACGGCAGAAACCACAAUUGGGCGCGCCCAGACCUCCUCGCGAUGGCGAACCGAACCGAGCGCAAAAUUAUCGUGACCGCCGAGACGCCGAUCGCCGACCUAAAGCGGCACGGGUACCCGUGGCUCUCGGAGACGUGCUUUUUCUCCGUCGCGCGCGACCCUUACGAGUGGGUCAUCAGCGCUGCGAACCACAUGAACCGUUCAAUCAGCAGCCGUUAUGGGUUCUUCGACCACGCAAACAUCCAGUCCUACAUGACCGGCUACGGCGCGGGGGACCACGGCGCAGCGUUCGUGUGUGUGGGCACCCUCGACCACUUCCUCGACGUCGAGCACGGCCUGUUCCCCCGGUUCGCGGAGAACCUGACGCUACCUCACCUCAACGCGCGCCCGCACGCGGUCAACAUCACGGAGGAGCUGGAGGAGGUUGUCCGCACGAAGUACGCGAUCGACCUGGAGCUCUGGGCUAGCGUGGCGCGGCAGGGGCUGGUUUGUUGGUAGCCUGCUAAGAUAGAGUAGUAUAUGAAGUAGAGCCCA